AUGGCAGACAUGAUUGGGUUGCUGGUUGAGACGCGCCCGCCCGCGAGGAAGAGGAGAAGAGUCGUCAUAUCCUGUUUCGAAUGCCACCGGCGAAAGCAAAAGUGCGACAGAGAGCUGCCGUGCGGGAACUGCGUCGCCCGAAAUCGAGAAGCGAGCUGCGCCUACGAGGCCAGCGCACCGACAUCCAAGACCCUGAAAGAAAACGGCGUAGCGGCGGGAGGUGCUCCCGGCGACAGAUCGCGCCCGACGGAGAGCCCUCCGCGGGCGCACGCGACCGGCGACGGCCCCGCACGACGCGGCAGCGGCGACGAUCCGACGCUGUCCUCCAUGGCCGCGGCGCUAGGCUACUCGCAGACGCGGCCAUCGACGCUGAGCCUGCUGCGCACCAUUGAGACGGCCGACCAGCAGCCGGGCGGCGGCGGCGCAUCAUCGCGGUACCGCGGCGCGGACUCGAGCGCCGCCGGCGAGCUGGCCCCGAUUCGCGAAAAGUACAAGGGCCUGGUGCGGCAGCUGCCCGCCAAGACGUACAUUGACCGGCUCGUCAGCAUGUACUUUGAGGACCUGCACCACCAGUACAACUUUGUCGACCAGGACACCUUUUUCGAGCAGCUCGACGAGUGGAACCGCUUGCCGUUUACGCUGCUCUCGUCGCCCGAGGGCCUGCGGCCCGCCAUGCGCUUCUUCCCCGCGCUGCUCUUCCAGAUCCUCGCCACGGCGCUGCUGCUGUUGCCGCCGGGCACCCCGGACCCCGUCUUUGACUCGCUCAAGUACGCCGGCGGCAUGACGUUUGAGAACCUCGCGACGGAUUACAGCGAUUCCGGCGCGGCCAUUGUCAACCUGUUUGGCAAGAACGCGCUGGACGAGGUGACGGUGCAGGCGCAGUUUAUACGUGCGCUGUUUCAAAAGUACACGGCGCGUGUAAUUGAGUGUUGGCAUGGCAUUGCCGCAGCCAUCCGGGACGCUCAAGAAUUGGGCAUGCACCGCGACUCUCUAGAUCCGAAACCUGAAGACUCGAGCGUCGAAAGCAUACUGAAAAACCAAUGGCGCAUAUUACAUAGAAGGAAAAUGUACAUGAUGCUCGUCUCAUGGGACAUCAACAUGGCCGUCUUCCUGGGCCGUCCAGGCAGCGUUGUGUGGGCGCACGGGCUUCCUUCGCUCCCCGUCGACGCGCCGACGCCGCUGGACUGCGCCAAGACGCCGAUCGAGUCGCGCGACCAGGCAGUCGAUCCGCCGACGCUCAUCACGCGGCAGCUGUUCCUCUUCAAGAUUGGCGAGGCGCUCCGGUACGUGCUCGACCUCGAGCCGGACGGGUCGCACCCCAAGGACUUUUCCAAGGUGGACCACGUGCACCAGCUGAUGGAGGCGCUGCGCGACGACACGCCGGCGGCGUUCCGGCUCGCGAACCCGGACCGGCGCUGGGACGAGCACCCGGCGUGCGCGGGGUGGAUCCACCAGUCGCGGCUGUACCUGGAGCAGCUGCACUACUUUGGCAUCAUGGCGCUGCACCGGCCGUACAUUUUCCACCGGCGGGCGAGCCGCGUGGCGGCGCUGCGGGCCGCCGUCAACAUGCUGGGCAUCCAGCGGCAGACGUUUGACGGCCUGCCGCUGAUCCAGUGGCGCGGGUUCCACCUCUUCUUUGGCAGCUUCGACGCCGUCGUCGUCAUCGCGUCCAUCUUCAUCCUGUUCCCGCACGAGAGCCCCGAGCUGCGCGACAGCGCCGUCCGGCGCUUCCACUGGACCAUUGCCAAGUUUGAGGCCAUUCGCGAGCACAAUUCCGUGGCGCGCGCCGCGCAGGGCGUUCUGACCGCCAUUCGCUCGCGCUUCAUCAAGGCCAUUGGCAGUGGGACGCCCGGGCCGAGCCCCGACACAGAGGCCGGCGCCGCAGACCAGACGACGCCGGACAGCGGCCGACUAGACCCGGCGGCCGGCGGCGGCAGCAGCAGCAGCAGCGGCCUCUCGACGAAUGACGUGUCGCUGGGCAUCUCGCCGAGCGCCGGGAGCAGCGCGGCGGAACCCUGGGGCGCGGCCGGGUGGUCGCUGCCGGAGGCCAGCCUGGCCUCGCUGGCGCCCAUGUACCCGACGUCGGAUCUGCUCUUCAACGACCUGAUGGUGAAGCAGGGUGAGGCGGACCUGGCAAACUGCACGCUGGACGCCAUCGGCGCGCAGCAGAUGGCUGGUGAUGGGUUCGGCAUGACGUGUCAGUUUGAUGGCGACUUUGCGGCGGAUAAUACGUUCUGGCAGUUCCUGAACCACUUCAACCCCGAGUUUACGAGUUGA